AUGGCCGAGGGGACGGCGAGGAGGGUGAGGGGUGGCCGGGUGCCACUCUCCGGCCCCACUGCAAGGAGUGCGCAACUCCGUGAGGCGCCGCUCGGUGACGGGCGCGAGGCGGAGUCGGUGCUCGUCGCCGCGACCCUCGCAAAUAGGCAGCUUCAGUUUGCCAGGUCUACCUCGGCGUACUAUGAGAAGAGCAAUGAGAGGCUGGUGCAGGAAAACGAAAAGUUGGAGAGUGAGUUGCAGAAGAAGGAGCAGGACGCCGCUGUGGUUAUGAAGGCGUUUGAGGAGUGCCUGGCGGCGGCGAGGUCCGAGCGGGCACAACUGCGGGGCGACAUGAGUGCGGCACGUGAGUCGGCGCAGCGCGAAGUGGCGGAGGCGAUGGCGGCGAUACAAGACACGUUGGAGGAGCGGGAUUAUCACCUUUCGAGCCUGCAGAAGCGCAUCGAGUGGCUUGAGGGGGAGCUUGCAAGCGUGGGCGCUUUUAGAGAGUCCCGUGACACGCACCAGUGCGAGAUGGAGGCCUUAAAGAAGGCCUACGCGGAUGAGCAGGCAAGCCACGCACGUGACUCACAUACGCUCCGUUUGCAGUUGAUGGAAGAGCGGGUGCGAAUUAGGGCAGAGGAGCAGCUGCUUCGUAAGCGGCACGGGGAUGACGUCCGCAACUUGGCUUUGGGGCUACUCAGUCAAAAGACGCGCGAGGUGCAUGAGGAGAACCAGCAACUCCUGGAGGAGAAGGUAUUUUUGUCGGGAGACGCAAAAGAGGCACGGGAGCAGGCCGACGCCCUCCGGCGCGAAAAUAGUCAGCUGCGACGGAGUGCGGCGCUAGCGCGCUCGACGGAGGUGGCGCUCACCGCGAGUGCCGCGCGGCAGCAGCGGGAAGUGAAACUGCUCAAGGCGCAGAUUGAAGCGACGGAGGAGAACCUCAACGAGGUAGUGGGAGAUUACGAAAGACGAUUGCAGCAACAGGCGAAGGAACACGCCUCUGCGUUACGAGUGUUGACGCAGGAGCGGGAUGCCGCAAAGUGUUCUGCCGAGCGUUUCAGGCGCGAACUUGUGAAGUUGCGGUCACUGUCGCGACAGAUGGUAGAGAGACGCACCGAGUUGGAGAUGUUUUUUUACGAUGCCUUGGCGCAGGUCCGUCGAGAGAAGUUGGAGGAACGCCGGCGAGGCGCACGCUCUAUUGGCUGCCGGCAGACCAACUCAUCUUCCGUGCAGCCAACGACGCCGCGGCUGCGGAAGCGCGAUGGCGAGUUGCUGAUGAUUAGCGAUCGUGGAAUGCGGCUGCCACCGACACCGUCCUCGCGGCUCGACGGUGGUGAGGGCAGCACGCCGUGGCACAACAAGGAAGCGCCAUUUGGUGCUAGGAGUACGAGCACGAAUUCUCUUCCGCUGGUUGCGCUAACAAAGCGAGACUUGAGCAACACUCAGGACAACCGUCUCAUCCCCGCAAAGGAGUGGCACUAUAGCGUGACCGGGGCCCUGCAAACCCGAUUCCCUCCUCUGGCGGAGGAGCCGCUGCUUGCCAAUUCUGACCUCUCUUGUGUUCCUAGUGCCCCCAAGCUGAAGGAUCUCCAGGCGAUCGAGAUCUCAGAGUUGAGUUGGAAGGACAAGGAGCGGGUGUUGCAGAUACUAUUCAAAAAACUCCAGGGGAGAUCCAGUGUCUCAAAUGAAAAUCAAUGUAUAUCAACAGAAGAUGCUGAGUUUUUGCUCUUUGGUGAGGCUGUGAAUCCCGAGACGCAUACGUUUCUCACCGAGUAG